CUCUCCGCCGCUGCUCCGCUCAAUGCCGCCUUGCCGCCCCAGCGCUCCGCUCUCUUCUUCCCCUAGGCUGACCGCUCAGCCCAGCGCCGCCCGGCUUGCUGCCUCUCCAUCCUCUUCGUCCCCUCGUCUCGCCGCUUCCCCGCCCCUGCGCCGUGCAGCCCGGCGCACCCCCUUCAUCCAUCUCACAUGCGUAGUUUGCUUGAUGAGUGGUUUGCUCCAUGUUAGAAGCUUGGUAUUGCAGCAGAACAUGGCUAUUUUGUCAGAUGGAACAAAGCAGCUGAAUGGGAAUCAAGCUAUCCAAACCAUGAUUUUGAGUGGAAGCACAUCGCUGAACCGAUCAUGCAAGUUUACACCGAAACAAUUGAUGGGUCCUCCAUAGAGCCAAAGGAAAGUGCUCUAUUAUGGCAUUAUCUGGAUGCAGACCAUGACUUCGGUUCCUGCCAAGCAAAGGAACUACUGGGUCAUCUUGAAAGGGUGCUAUCAAAUGAACCUGUUGUUGUGAAGUGUGGUCAUUACAUUGUAGAAGUCAAACCACAGGGAGUUAGCAAGGGUCUUGUUGUGGACAAGGUAAUUCACAGAUUGAUGAACAACGGGAAGACGCUGGAUUUCGUAGUGUGCAUCGGUAACGAUCGAUCUGAUGAGGACAUGUUCAAAAGCAUCGACAGCAUGACCUCCAGCUCUGCAUUCCCUGCAGUUCCAGAGGUCUUUGCCUGUUCAGUUGGUCAGAAACCCAGCAAAGCAAAAUACUAUGUCGACAAUGUUGGUGAAGUAGUAAGAUUGCUCAAGAAUGUAGCCGGCAUUUCGUCGCACCGGGAGGCCGUCAGCCAUGGACGUGUGAUCUUCAGGGAUGUGAUCGAUUAUGUGGACUGAACCACCUAAUCUUUGUAACAUCCAAACUUGUGUACAUUCCAAUGACUUCAUCUAGAUUUGACCGAAAGCAUGAAUCAUCACCACCAUUAGGACAACUACAGGAGUGCAAGCGGAAGCUCAACAUUUUUAGUUUAGGUGAUGUAUACUCAUAUGUAGGCAAUUUUGAUAGUUGAGGAGGUUCUUGCUGGAGAACUGCACUGUGAAAGAAAAGCCCCUGGCUUUGAAU